GGAUCUGACACGUGUGAGUCACCUUACUUUGGCAUAAUCAAUAGUCUUAGGCCAUUUGAGGCAAAAACUUGGGUCACACAGUUAUAUAUGUAGUGACCAAUGUUUUUCUGUAGUGAACCAUGUUUUUGCCCCAAGUGGCUUGGGACUAUUCAUUAUGCCAUUCGAAGGUGACCCACACGUGUCGGACACCUUUGAUAUUAUUGUGACAGUAAAUUAUGAUACUUUGCAUAUAACAAGGAUUGCAUAUUAAAAGUAAAAUCAUGCAUUGUAUUUCAGUAAUAUCUAUUUUGAUCAAAGGAAAAUUUACAGUGGAGGGGUGAAGGUUAGUGUCACACCGCCAAAAGUAUGUUGUGGAUUUUCCAGCUCUUUAUUGUUGAAAUGGCUAUGUCAGGACGCAUAUCGUCAGAUUUUCAAGGUCCAAUAUCACUGGGAUCAGCAGAAGACUCUGACCACAGUUGUCAGCCUUGUCUUCACAUUGGUAAGCAUGUAACAGCUCACGGAUUUUGUGUGGAAUGCCAGGAAUAUCUAUGCAAAACUUGCGUUGAGUAUCACAAGAGGAAAAAAUUCUCACGUAAUCACCAACUUCUUGAUAAAGAUAAGUUUGAAAAGCAUGUUAUUUCCAGGAAAGAUUCGGAGGAAUGCACUGAAAAAUGUUCUGUGCAUAAAAAGGAAAUAAUUAAAUUUUUCUGUCCAACACACAAGGCUCUUGGCUGCAAUGACUGUAUUAUCUUGGAUCAUAGGGCAUGUAAGAUUGACUACAUACCCGAUAAAUGUGCAGGUAUAGGGGCCAGCAAGGAAUACAGGGAUAUCAUGAAGAAACUGAACGAGAAAAAUAAAGACGCAGAGGAUGUCACGAAGAAAGCUGAAGUAAGAGAUAAAGAGAUAGAUAAAUGCCAUGCUAAUAUUAUCAAGGAACUCCUCAACUUCAGAAAGGAAAUAAAUGAGCGGCUAGAUCAAUUACAAUACGAAAUUCAGAAAGAUGCUGACAAAAAGAAAUCCAAUGAUAAAAAGAUAAUUCAGAUGGUACUUGAUGAAUGUGCAAAUAUGUCUUCUGAUAUCAUGAAAUUACAAUCAAGUUUACAGGCUAACAAAUCAUCACGACAGAACGGACAACUUUACAUCAACAUGAAACGUGCUGAGUCUAAACUGAAGUUAGAUGAAGUGCAGAUGGCAGUUGAGAAUCUAGCGAAGACAGAAAUGCAAUACUUCUUUGAAAGGAGCACUGAUCUUGAAAAUGUGUUGUCCAAACACAAUAUAUUUGGGAAGUUAAGUAUUAGUACCAACUUGGUCACUUUCACAAAGAAAAAAAUAAAAUCUCUAACGCACAAAGAAGAUAUAGAUGUAAGAACAAAGUCAGAUAGCGGUUGGUUUUACUGCUAUAUCACAGGAUGCGCAAUCUUGUCCACUAACAAACUUGUACUGGCUGAUAACAAUGAAUGCAAGCUGAAAGUUUUCGACAGACAGAGUACAACUCUGAUAGAAGAGAUAAAACUAGAAUCAAAUCCAUCGGGCAUAGUUGUGAUGCCCUAUGACCAGAUUGCAGUAACAGUACCAGGAAACAAAGAAAUUCUUAUAAUGAAAACAGCUGGUAAACUGUCAACUGUCCACAAGAUUCCAGUUAAAUGUGACUUCAGAGGUAUUACUUACCAUCAAGAUUAUCUCUACUUGGUUUGCAAGAAUCCUAAAAGUGUACUGGUACUGGAUACACAAGGUACUAUCCAGUACUCAAUAUCCCUGAAUAAUGACAUAUUUAAACACCCCAAAAGUAUUGUGGUAAGUGAGGAUUCCAGACAUUUCUAUAUCAAUGACUAUGCUAGUGACUGUGUGGUCAGUAUAACAUUACAAGGCGAUGUAUCAGCUGUGUACAAACAUAAGGAACUUAGUGAACAACGAGGGAUGGUGAUGUUAGAUGAUGGAUCAUUGUUGGUGUGCUGCUACAACAGUAAUUCCUUCAUCAUAUCUCUGGAGACUUAAAGCAAGGGCAGACAAUGAUAAAUGAUCUAGAGCGUCCACAUUCUAUAUGCUACAGUCAUUAUCAUGAUGAAGUCUUUAUUGGCUGCUGGGGCAAUCAGCUGAAAGUGUUUAGUAUGAAAUGAUCUAUCACAACAACUCUCUAUAAGUAAAUUUACAGAUCAAAUAUUUUGAAUGACUACAAACUGUACAGAUACAAUAAAGUAGAAUUUCAAGUUUCUAGUUUCAUUUUGAUCUGUCAAAACAAAGAAAUAAUUGAUAAUAAAUAUUUCAAGAUGUUUAACUUCUAUGCAAAAUCAUCUGUACACAAAAUGAAAAUAUAAAAGCCAAAUAAACAAUUUCAGUUAACGUUAUUAUACAAUUUGUUUAUAUUUCAUGUAACCUUAUAUAUUUGGCUUUUACAUGUGAUAUCUGUGAUUUACUGACUUCGAAUAUAUCAACUGAAUUUGUUAUUUUUGUCACGUUUACAAAUGUUAGAUAUACAGUAGAACCUUUACAGAGCGUAUCUUUGAUUUAUGACCUUGUUUGUCUGAUUUUGACCUUUCAAGCAAAUUGAUCUUCUUACAGAUUUUAUUACACCUGUCUUUUUGUUCAUGAGUUCUAUCAAGUUUUGUUUAUAACUUUUACGUUUUAUUUGAAAUAAUCUAACUGUUAGAAGCUUCUUCGUAAUACACAAGCACUGUGCUUCUAAAGACUUUUGUUAUCAUAGGUUUUACCAUAUUUUACAGCUGUUUUUGUUCUGUUUGUUUGAAGUGUCAGAUAUGUCUCUUUAUGUCAAUUUCUCACGGUAUAAAUAAAGAUUAUCAUUUA